AUGAUCAUUGAUGUUGCAUCGGCGACUGGUGCCAAGGUGUCUGGACCUGUGCCCUUGCCAACUCGCAGGAAGCUCUACUGCGUGCUGAGGUCACCGCAUGUGAACAAGGAUUCGCGUGAGCACUUUGAGAUCAGGAUCCAUCAGCGCCUUAUUGACAUCAAGGACCUAUCAGCCCAAACUCUCGAUCGGCUGAUGGAGCUGGACAUCCCUGCAGGGGUAGACGCCAACGUUAAGCUCCUUUGA